AUGUCGUGGAAGCUCACAAAGAAACUCAAGGAGACGCAUCUGGCGCCCUUGGCCAACACUUUCAGCCGUUCGUCUUCCACCUCGACAAUCACUCCCGAUCCUGCUCCCAAGCCGCCAACCAGCCCUCUGGCCUCGUCCACUGCCGUCAAUGAUCCCAAUGGCAUCGCCGCGUCCGAAGCCAACUCCUCGCCUCCUGCCCCACCUCUCAAGCCUGGUAUCUUGAUCCUCACCUUCCACGAAGGUCGCGGCUUCUCUCUGCCUGCCGGUGCCGAACAGAUCUUCCAGCCUCGCCACGGCGCCUCUCUCUCCAGUGGUAGCGGCUUUUCCGUAGCUGGUGCACGCCCUGGCUCCGUCAGCAACUCAGCUUAUGGCUCGUAUGCUCCUGGACGUCCUCAAUCAUCACAGGGUGGCAUCAACGCUGCUCCCUCGGUCCAUGGCCGCUACUCUUCCAAGUACCUCCCUUACGCCCUCGUUGACUUCGACAAGCAGCAAGUCUUCGUAAACUCCGUUUCAGGCACACCAGAGAAGCCCGUCUGGGCAGGCGAGAACACACAAUAUAAGUUCGAUGUGUCUCGUGCUUGCGAACUCAAUCUGUCCAUCUAUAUUAGAAAUCCCAACGCUCCUCCCAAUGCCGGUAGAAACGACGACAUCUUCCUGGGAACAUGCAGAAUCAACCCCCGCUUCGAAGAAGCCGCUUUCGCCCACGCAGAGAAGGCAAAGACUCAAGGCCAGGCUGGCACAGAGUGGGUUGACCUCCAGUAUGGAACCGGAUCAAUCAGAUGUGGCGUCAAGUUCGUCGAGAACAGACAAAGGUCGCUUAAAAUUGAGGACUUCGAACUUCUCAAGGUUGUUGGCAAAGGCAGUUUCGGAAAGGUCAUGCAAGUGCAAAAGCGCGACACCCGCCGUAUCUACGCUCUGAAGACAAUCAGAAAGGCCCACAUCAUCUCACGCUCCGAAGUUGCCCACACUCUUGCCGAGCGUUCGGUGCUGGCUCAGAUCAACAACCCUUUCAUUGUUCCCAUGAAGUUCUCCUUCCAGUCUCCCGAGAAGCUUUACAUUGUGCUGGCCUUCGUCAAUGGUGGCGAGCUUUUCCACCACCUACAAAAAGAGCAGCGCUUUGACAUCAACCGAUCUCGUUUCUACGCCGCCGAACUCUUGUGCGCACUUGAAUGUCUACACGGAUUCAACGUCAUCUACAGAGAUUUGAAGCCCGAGAAUAUCUUGCUCGACUACACUGGCCACAUUGCUCUGUGUGACUUCGGUCUCUGCAAACUCGACAUGAAGGAUGAGGACAAGACAAACACAUUCUGUGGUACGCCCGAGUAUCUCGCACCCGAGCUGCUGCACGGCACUGGCUACACCAAGACGGUUGACUGGUGGACACUGGGUGUUCUCCUCUACGAGAUGUUGACAGGAUUGCCGCCAUUCUACGACGAAAACACGAACGACAUGUACCGCAAGAUUCUGGCAGAGCCUCUACAUUUCCCUGGUCCCGAGAUUGUGCCCCCUGCAGCACGAGACCUGUUGCAGAAGCUGCUCGACAGAGACCCGACGAAGAGAUUGGGUGUCAACGGCGCAGCAGAAAUCAAGGCACAUCCAUUCUUCCACAGCAUUGACUGGAGAAAGCUCUUGGACCGCAAGUACGAGCCUAGCUUCAAGCCCAACGUGCUCGAUGACAGAGAUACUGCCAACUUCGACCGCGAGUUCACAUCAGAAGCACCUACAGAUUCUUACGUUGAAGGACCAAUGCUCUCAUCAACGAUGCAACAACAAUUCGCAGGAUGGUCAUACAACCGGCCAGUUGAGGGCCUGGGCGAUGCAGGAGGCAGUAUCAAGGAUCCAUCCUUUAUGACCAACUGA